GUUCGUUAAGUAUUUUAGCCGGCAGCAACAGCGGCAGUUGUGGCGGAGACGCAUCCGCACCCGUUGAAACCAAACCAACCAACCACCACCACCCGCCGCCGCAGCCGCCGCCGCCGACCGCCUCGACCCCCAUCCCCAUGGCGUCGGCGUCGCGGCUGCUGCCGCCCACGCCACCUCCCCACUCCGCCGCAUCCCCUCCUGCCCGCCACCGCCACCCCGCCCUCGCCGCCCCGCGCUCCCGCCGCCCGAUCAACCCGCCGCGCCUCCGGUGCCGCGCCGCCGCGGGGGCCGCAGCCACCACCACCACCACCACCGGCGGAGGCGGGGGUGGCGGCGCGCUGGUGCUGGAGGGGAGCGGCGCGGGCGCGGUGGCUGUGCGGGAGUUCGUGACGCUCGACGAGCUCCGCGCUGCCGUGCGACUCCGCAUCCGCACUUUCUACGAGUACGCCACCGACUCCUACGGGGCCGAGGAUCUCAGAAAAUCUCUGGCGGACCGGGAGUAUGACGCAUUACAGGAUCGAAUUUCUGGGAAGAUGAUCAAUUUUCAAAGAGUUUCAUGUAUAAAUGGAACAGUCCCACUGUUGCCUUCUUUGGUGUCAGCAGAGGAGCUUUGUUCUACAUGUAAGUUUGUUGAAGAUGGAGAAGAGAGAGUUGUAGUUGGUAGUUUAGACCUUAAUCAGUGUCUUUGGCUACCAGAUGAACUGACCGGAAAGAGGCCUGGGGUAAAUGAGUCCAGCCAUACAAGGGCUUAUCUGAGCAAUGUUUGUGUUGCUAAGGAGCUUCAAAGAAAUGGAUUGGGUUAUGCCCUGGUUGACAAGUCUAAGAAACUGGCUCGUGAAUGGGGUAUAACUGAUCUGUAUGUCCAUGUUGCCAUCAACAAUGAGGCAGCACAGAAGCUGUACAACAAAUGUGGAUUUGUCUAUGAGAGUGAGGAGCCUGCAUGGAAGGCUAGAUUUCUUGGCCGGCCUCGAAGGCUGCUUCUUUGGCUCGAUCUGAAGAAAGACGCUUUGUGAUUAUACGUGUAAAUGCCUUUGUUUAUAGUUACGUUCUUCCUAUAGGAUAUUAAUUAAUGUAUUUCUCUCACUGCCUGAUGCCAAAAGUUUUUAAAUAUAGUGAUCUGUCUCGCUUUCCUCCGUA